UCCCGGUGGUGAGCGCGCUCCGGGACCGGCUUCGCUGCUCGGGAGCGCGCCCCGGGAGUUCUCCCUCGUUUCGGUCCUGCCGGCAGGCGCUGGACCCGGCUGCCGGUAUUGGCAAAGUGAUCCAAGCAAGAAGACCUAUUUGAGAUGUGGUGGUUUCAGCAAGGCCUCAGUUUCCUUCCUUCAGCUCUCCUAAUUUGGACAGCUGCUGCUUUCAUAUUUUCAUAUAUUACUGCUAUAACACUUCACCAUGUUGAUCCUGUCUUGCCUUAUAUCAGUGACACUGGUACAGUAGCUCCAGAAAAAUGCUUGUUUGGGGCAAUGCUGAAUAUCGCCGCAGUUUUAUGCGUUGCAACCAUUUAUGUUCGUUAUAAGCAAGUUCAUGCUCUGAAUCCUGAAGAGAAUUGUAUCAUCAGAUUAAACAAGGCUGGCCUUGUACUUGGAUUACUGAGUUGUUUAGGACUUUCUGUUGUGGCAAACUUCCAGCCCAAGAUUCAUGGCAAACAAGUCUUCUGGAUCAGACUACUGUUGGUUAUCUGGUGUGGAGUAAGUGCAUUGAUCAUGCUGACUUGCUCAUCACUUUUGUACAGUAGCAGUUUUGGCACUGAUAUAGUACAGAAACUCCACUGGAACCCAGAGGACAAAGGUUAUGCGCUUCAUAUGAUCACUGCUGCAGCAGAAUGGUCUAUGUCAUUUUCCUUCUUUGGUUUUUUCCUGACUUAUAUCCGUGAUUUUCAGAAAAUUUCUUUACGGGUGGAAGCCAAUUUACAUGGAUUAACGCUCUAUGAUACUGCUCCUUGCCCUGUUAACAAUGAACGAACAAGGCUACUUUCCAGAGAUAUAUGAUAAAGGACAAAAUAUACCUGUGGUGAUCAUGAUUCUCAGGGAUUGGGAAAAUAAUCAUGAAAGUUAACUUAUUUUGCUCUGAAAUUUUCAACCACUUAAUCAAGGCUGACAGUAACAUCUAAGAAUCUGAUAAUCAAGAGACAUGAAAUAAGCCAUUUGAUAUUAUUUUAAAGGAUAUCUUCAAGAGGACCAUGUAAAAACAUUAAUGCCUGUACUUUUUCUAUCCCAGAAAAUAAAACCAAAGGACUACAACAUUGUAGGUUUUUUCUAUUUUUUUUUUUUUAAGAGAAACAACCAGAAGUGUACCAAGCAGUCUGCAAAACCCAGCCUUUUUUUUUUUUUUUUUUUUUUUUUUUAAUCAUUUCAGAGCAUGUUUUCCUUGGGGCACUUAUGUGAGAGGGAUUUUUUACAACCACAAAUAAUCAACAGUGCUCAGGAGCUUCUUUAGAAUAGAAUUGGGUUUUGAAGUAAUAGUUUUAUCAUAUUAAUACAUUUCUUAUAGUCUUUAUAAAACAUAUUUCUUCUGGAAUCCAGCCUGAAAGGGAAACAGACCUGAACUCAUGUGAGCACUUUCAUUGCUUAAGCUUUGCACAGGAGAUCUUAUAGAUAAUGAUUUGAUUCCUGCCCCAAGGCCAGAUACUAUGGUAACUGGUCCAUCACAUGUGCUUUGCAAUAGUUUCAUGAAGCUUAGUCUCUGGUAUGAGAUUUUAAUUACUAAUGAAUGAGAAAAGUAUCUAUAGUUAAAUUUACUUCAGUUAUGUUUUGCAUGAACAAUGGUUAGUGUUCCUACACAAGGCUGAGACGUUUGUAACACCAGAUAUGAUUAACAUCAAAUAAAAGUCACCCCAAACUGCAGUUGAGAGCUUCUUAAGAUUUUCAUUUAUAGCGAAUUACAAUUACUUGAAAAAGUAAUCUUGAAUAGGCUAAUGUUGAGCCUUUUUUAAUGGGAUGUGAUCUUUGUAGACCCUCCAUUCCAAAGGACAAAAUCAGCAAUCCAGAAAAACUGGGUACAGAAUAAUUGUGAUACAUGCAUCCACCAAAUAAUUUUCUUUCUCUCUGGUCAUUCAAGUGAUGGAUGGCUUCUACUUGGAUGCCUGUCUGUGCAGAUAAAGAAUGGUUUACAGAUUGCCAAAUAAAAUUCAAAAGAAGAAAAUGCUCGUCUGGAAGGUACCCAGUGAUAAACUGGUUUGCAAAAGAAUCUCUGAAGAAGAUCAGUAAAAUUUAUCUUUUUGGAACCAGUGGUUCCAUGGCCAGAAUAAAAGAUGAUAAGAACAAGCUUAAAGUGUAAGAGGGAGUAAUUUAUGGGAAAAUGAUUUUAUGGUGGAAUAAUAGAUCUGAAGACUUAUGGACUCAUAAGACAGAAAAUGGAAUAAAAGCUGUCAAGCAACAGUGAACAUGGGAGACAUUUUAAUAAACAUCGAAAUCUGACAUCACUAGGAAAAAAAUUGUGAUAAAAGCAGAAAACAUUUUUGUCAUGCCUCUGAAAAUCAUGGUGCAACCACAUCUGGGAAAGAAUGUCCAGUCCUGAUUGCUGUACCUUGAGGAAGCUGUAAUUCAAGUUGUGAAGGACCACAGUUUGGUAAGAAGGAAACUGAUAGAAUCAAAGUACAUAAAAUUAUAAAUUAUGUGUGGGGAAGAUGGCACAGGGAGGAACAGGGACUUGAUGUAUAUCCAUACGAGAAUAUUCAGCUUAGAGAUACACUAACAACCAUUAAAGAAAUUAUUUUAAAACAAAACGUAUUACUUGGUGAGUAUUUAAUUCUAUUAUUUAAUUUUUACCUUUAGAAAUAACAUGGGCUGAAAACAUUAAGUUCAAACAUGGAUUAUAAAUAAAGAGAAAUUUUCGAAUGUGCCUUCAUCCCUCAUCUUAAGGUUGAAAUAAUGGAAGACAACCAUAUCCUACGUCAAAAUAUGCCUUGCCAGCACUGUCAGAUACAGUAGCUUGGAUAAAUGGAUAAUGUAGUUAAAUGCAUCCAAUUUUGUUUUGCAUGUUUAGCUUUAGGAAUAGGAGGUUUUAAGCUGACAAAGUUAGCAGAUACUAUUUCCUCUUUGUCCUUGGGUACACAACAAGACUACAUUUCCCAGCCCCACUUUCAACUGAGUAUAGGCAUAAGACUGAAUUUUAGCUGGUAAAGUGUAAAUGAAAUGGAAUGGAUGUGUUUGCAAUUUUCAUAUUAAGGUUUUAAAAAAACAAGAAUCCUUUUUCCCAAUUUUUUCUCCUUUAGUGGUUGUAUAUUGAUGACAGCAAUCACAUGUAAGGAACCUGAACUAGUCCACUUGUAAUCAGAUUUUAGAAUACCAGCUAGAGAUCUGAUAUAAUUUAAGAACUCUGUUUUUAUUUAUCCUAGGUACUAAAUUAUAGUGUACAUUUCUAGAAUAGUGUCAUAUAUUGUAAAUGCUCAGUGGAUUUAUGAAAGAAAGACUUGUUUUAUCUCUUGUGCAAUGUUCUGUACAGGCUCACCGUGAAAUGAAGUUGAGUAAAUGUUGGAUUACUACCCUUG